AACUGUUAGCCCAGCGGUUCCCAAAAGGUGUUCCGCGGAACCCUGAGGUUCCGUGAAAGACCCUCAGGGGUUCCGCGAAAAUUCAAGAUUUCCAUAUUGUAAAUCGUUUCACUUGUGAUAAUAUUAAAUUGACGUAAUUUAUUAUUCAUUUUCAAUCAACUUGUUUUAAAAUAUUGCAUUCCAAAAUUCCAUUUAGGCGCCAUGUAGGUAGGUAGGUACGCUGUGCGUGUCACGUGUCGCGUCGCCCGGUCGCGCCGCUCGUCGUCCUCCCACCGCCCGCGCCGCUCGUCGUCCUCCCACCGCCCGCGCCGUUCGUCGCUCUCCCGCCGCCCGCGGCAUACCGCGGCAGCUUGCGACCAUUCAGUUGAGUCAAUACGAUUACUAGGACUGCACGUGAUCAAGUUUUUGAUACCAAAUUUUAAAACUCGAAAAUAAGCUAAGAAUAAAUUCCGUACCUAGAUAGUGAUUGUUUAUAGUUUUACGAGCACUGUUUUAAGCAGUUCACGAUGGAUAAAUGGCUAAAACCUGGGAUUGCUAAGGGGAAACGUGGUGCUAGCUUUGUGGACAGUAAUGUUAAUACUUAUCAAUCUAAUCAAGCUUUUGACCAAGUCUCAUCUUCACCAGAAGGAGAGACAAUUGAAAAAAAAACGGAAAUUACCAGUGGUGCUAGUUGUUCAGGUAUUGGUACGGAAGACACUUUUGUUGAACAAAAUCAGCAAAACACAGUGAUACCAUCUACUACCGACCAUACUGAACGUCAAGCGGGAAUAUCUUCAAAAAAGAGAAAAUAUGAUGAGUCCUAUCUGUCCUAUGGAUUUAUACCGAUAGGGAAUGCUGAAAAUCCUGAUGGAAAAUGUGUUGUUUGCAGCAAGAUUUUGUUGAAUAGCUCCCUGGCACCUGCAAAGCUUAAGCGUCACCUUGAUACUAAUCAUCCUCACCUCAAAAAUAAAAACAUUAGUUUUUUUGAAAGACAAAGAGAUGUACAUCAAGCAGGUGUGACCGCUUUACAAAAAUAUGCAAAAACUGAUAAUGAAAACGCCACGAAAGCCUCAUUCAUGCUAAGUUAUAAGAUUGCACGAGCUGGAAAACCUCACACAAUAGCCGAGGAUUUUUUGAAACCAUGCAUGACUGAAGUUGUUGCCUGCUUGCUUGGAGAGGAUUCAGCUAAGAAAGUGGCAACGGUACAGUGUUCGAACAACAUCGUAUCUGACCGUAUUCAUAAGAUUUCAGACCACAUUGAAGAUGAAUUGAUUGAUAGAUUGAAAGAGAGCAAUGCAUUUGCAAUGCAACUGGACGAAAGUACGGAUGUUGCCGGACUAGCAAUACUGCUAGUUUUUGUCAGAUAUCCAUACAGAGAAUCUAUCGAAGAAGAUUUGUUUCUCUGUGCUCCUUUGGAGGCCAAUACAACUGGAGAAGAAAUUUUUAAAGUUAUUGAUGAAUACAUGAAAAAAAACAAAAUUGAUUGGAAUAAAUGUAUUGAUGUAUGCAGCGAUGGAGCUGCAGCCAUGAUUGGUAAAGUAAAAGGAACAGUGUCAAGAAUUAAAACUGUUGCGCAAAAUUGUACUAGCAGUCAUUGUAUUUUACAUCGUCAUGCUCUUGCCGUGAAAAGAGUGCCAUCUGAUUUAAAACAAGUCCUUGAUCAAGCCGUACAAAUCGUCAAUUUUGUGAAAACACGUCCACUGCAGUCAAGGCUAUUCAAAAAAACGUGUGAAGACAUGAAAAGUCAGCAUCAAUCACUCCUACACACGGAAGUGAGGUGGCUUUCCAGAGGAAGGGUUUUAAACAGAUUAUAUGAAUUGCGCGAUGAACUGAAAGUUUUCUUACAGACCCUUCCUUCGCCUGCAAGUGCUAGCUAUCUUGAACUGUUACGAGACGAGCGAUGGUUGAUGAGAUUGGCUUAUUUGGCUGACAUAUUUGAUAAACUGAACACAGUGAGCAGCUCUUUGCAGGGAAGAAUGAUAACCAUAUUUACAGUGAGUGACAAAGUAUCUUCAUUGAAAGAGAAAAUCGCCUUGUGGAUUGAAUGUCUUGGACAAAAAAGAUGCGAGGCUGGGUUUUCAGCGUACGCCUACACGAAAAAUAAGUUUAGGAGUAGGUUGAAUGCUGCACCAGACCUCCGCAUCCAAUUGUCGGACAUAAAACCUGACUUCGAUGUAAUUUUAAGGAAAACUAUGAAGAGAUUUCAUUCAUCACAUUAA